CUGUUGUCGCUUACCAAUUAUAACCGAUUAACAUGCAGCUUGCGCGGCGUGAGUCCGCAGCGACGCACGACAAUACCAUCGAAAAUUCUUCCUCGUCAUGACCAGAAAAAGGAUCCGUUGGUGGUACGUUUUGAUCGUCGUGGCGACGACGUCGAUGUGUCUGAGGGACUCGCUCGUGGACUGCCACGACGCCCCGACGGCGAGCAUGUGCAAGGAGCUGCAGGGCAAAACGACCGAGCAGCGGCUCAGGACCUACUUGUUCUGCGACUACGAUCCCGAUCUCAAGCCGGAGCUGGCGGGUCAGCAGAAGAACGUCACCAAAGUAAUCUUCCAACUCUCGCCGAAGAUCCUGGAGUUCGACGACUAUUCCAAUACGCUCACCCUUCACUGCGUAAUGAUACUGAAUUGGACGGAUCCCCAUCUCACGUGGGACCCGAAAGACUUUGACGGCGAGAAAGUGAUACAAAUCUCGUCCAGCGAAAUCUGGACUCCCGAUUUGACGCUAGAAAAUCCCGGCGAUCACGGCAGCGACUGGUCCGUCAUGCCCGAGGCCGGCUGCAAGCUCAGCUACCAGGGCCGAAUCUUGUGCAUACCCUCGCUGACGCUGACGACCCACUGCGAGGCCGACUACGCAAAUUAUCCGUACGACAGGCACGAGUGCUCCUUUCAAUUUUUCUCCUACGCCUACGAUUCGCAGGUCACGUUGGAACUUGGCUCGCGGGGUCGCAAGAUCAAUUGGGACGAGUUGGAAAAGAACAGCCAGUGGGAGGUAUUGAACAUGAACAUGAAGUACGUCAUGACCGUGGCAAAGGUCAAUGCGGACGAUGUAGAAUACGAGUACAAGAAUUAUCUGAUGGUGACGAUACAGAGAAGAAGUGCCGGAGCUCACGUCGCGUACCUCGCACCCGCUGUCAUUCUCAUGGUGAUGACGAUGUCGGUCUUGUGGCUGGAUUGCCGAUCGACCGAGCGCAUGGCCAUGGCUUGCUUGACGCUCGUCAGCCACCUGCUCUGCAUACAGGAUCUGUUCUACAACAUACCGCGAAACGGCGAAACUUCGCCCAAAUUACUCAAGUUCUACGAGAGCUCGCUGAUGCUCGUGGCCUUCGCACUGGCGCUGACCGUCUCGAUGCGCAAGCUCGGCCACUGCAGAGCCACGACACCUCUGUGGCUCGAUCGGGCGGUCAAGGGGGCCAUCCGCAGCCGCACCGGUCGAAUAUUUUUACUCGCGAUUCUCGAUCCGAAGGCAAUCACGCUCUUCGCCGAUUCGGCCGACGACGAUCGCUACGAUCUCGUGCAGGCCGAGGCUCAGACUCCCGUUGCGCUCGACGACGCUAACAACAAGCUCGACAACGAGCUCGAUUCGACCUGGAGCCUGCUGACCGUGCUGAUUAGCUGGAUCGCUUUCGUGGCUGUCGCGUUCGUUUAUCUCGUUAUGCUCGCCGUGUACAUGCCGUCGCCGCCUGGUACCGUGCAGCGUAGGGCUUAUACGUUGGUAAUAAAUUGAAGGCGCGUCUCGACUGCUAUAAAA